GAAAGGUAGCAGGGAUGUGCUUAGCGUUGGAGUGAAACAAACGUGCAUCUUGUAAAAGGUGAAACUGGUGUGAUAUCAGCGUGUAGUGCUUAGCGGUAUAUAUGACUGUUAAGAGCAAGCGUUUCACUGUCUAUAGUGAAUAGCGGUGUGUAUCUACUGCAAUUGACCAUAGUGGAUUACAUAUAGCAUUGGAGAUAACUUUGUGAGAGGAUGUGCAAAGUUCUCCCAUUGGAUACUGUACUAGUUGGUAGAUUAAUCUGCUGGUAAGAAUCACAACUAGUGGAUGUGACAUCAAGUUUAGGUAAGCUGGAGGAUGCUGGGGUCAAACCGGCAUCAAUGAAGAGCUGCUGCUGCAGGCUACGAGAGGUCCCACUUGCAACACAGUGACACUGUUGUGUGUAUGGAGCUUCGAUGUGAUUGUGGAUGACUUUACCCAGUUCUCGCAGUCAAGGUUGCCUAUGAAUAAAGAGGAGGAUAUCUUUGCCCCAUGAGACAAACUGUUCAUUGUUAUCCCAUCUGUCAAGACUGAGAUCCAUGGAAUGACUGUCAAGAUGGCAUCAAAGUGUGUUUCCAAAUGUGUGUGUGUCUUGUUCCUUCAAGUUUGUUUAAUUGUGCUGUGUCGUUCGCAGGAUUCUGUGAUCACUUAUCAUAUUCCAGAGGAACAGGACAUUGGAUGGUUUGUUGGGAAUCUUGCACGAGACAGUACGUUAUAUUUAACAAUAGAUGAAUCUGAAUUUCAGAGAAUGAAGUUUAAUUUUUUCACUCAAGGAAAUCCGUAUGUGAAACUAUUUCAUAUGGAUGAGAAGAGCAGUACAAUAAGAACUGCAGAAGUCAUUGAUCGGGAAGAGGUAUGCUCAUUUAAAAUAUUGUGCGAAAUGAAACUGGAAAUUGCUGUUUAUAUUCGUGAUCCCAAACGCGGCACCUAUGAUCUGUACAAGCUAAUGCAGGUCAAGAUGGUCGUGGAUGACAUCAAUGACAACACUCCCAUGUUUCCACACAAAGUCAUUCAUCUCUCAGUCCCAGAAUCAGUACCCGUCAACCAUCGCCUCCUUGCCAGUGGUGCCAUUGACAAGGACAUGGGUCAGAAUAAUUCAGUCCAAGAGUACCAACUUAUUCCAAGAAAUGGCAUGUUUGGUCUUGAUGUUGUGAAAAAUCUGGAUGGAAGCGCUGAUCUUGCUAUUAUUGUGAAACAUAGACUAGACAGAGAAACACGCGACUUCUUCCAACUGAUGGUCAAAGCAAUGGAUGGAGGUAUGCCACAGAAAACUGGUUCUGCCAUCAUCAAUAUCACAGUCACAGAUGUUAAUGAUAACCGCCCUGCUUUCCUAGACUCAACAUUCAAUGUAAGCAUCCAGGAAAAUAAGCCCAAAAAUUCCACAGUGGUUGUCGUGUCAGCAGUCGAUCAAGACGCAGGAAGCAAUGGCAAGAUAUCAUACUACUUCAGUCAACGAGUAUCGCAGACAGUGCGGCAAUCAUUUGCAAUUGACGAGAGGACUGGUAUUGUUUUUGCAAAUGGACCAAUAGAUUAUGAAACUCAGACUCAGUUUCAGUUCAUGGUGGAAGCAAAAGAUCAUGGCAAUCCGUCGCUGUCUUCUCUGGCGGCCGUCAUCAUCAACAUUCUCGAUGUCAAUGAUAACUAUCCCCACAUCAGCAUCAAUCUAGCCCCAGAAGCUAGUCACAUUUCUGAAGGUAUGGAGACAGGCAAGUUCAUCGCACAUGUGUCAGUGUCAGAUGCGGAUGUGGGUAUGAACAGUCUUGUCAUGUGUAGCCUCAAUGACCAUCACUUUGCAUUAGAAAAGUUUUACGAAAACCUACAAAAUAUAUACAAGGUUGUACUGGCGCAAAGACUUGACCAUGAAACAGCUGCCACUCAUAAGGUCACCAUAACAUGCAAGGACCAAGGUGACCCUCCAAAGUCCAAUUCAACAAGUUUCAUUAUUACUGUAAUGGAUGAAAAUGAUAAUGCUCCUGUCUUUAGUGGUCAUUCCUACAGUGGGUCAAUCAUUGAGAAUAACUCAGUGGGGGAGGAGAUUCUCCAGGUAACUGCCAAUGAUUGGGAUGGUGGGGAAAAUGGCCGUGUGACUUACUCUCUAGACAGUGCUGGAAAAAACUACUUCUCCAUUAUUCCGGAUACAGGUAUUAUCAAAGCUAUCAAAUCCAUUGACCGGGAACGCUACCCUGAACUUCAUUUCCACGUUGUUGCAACAGAUCAUGGUCAAAGCCCCAAGUCAUCAUCUUCGGCUGUUUCUAUCGAUGUCAUUGAUCAAAAUGAUGAACCUCCACGAUUCACCAAACCUGUUUUCUUCUGCUAUGUCCAAGAACACAAACCUGUUGGCACCAAGGCAGGUAAUGUUUCUGCCUAUGAUCCUGACAAUUACCGAAAUGCUGAGUACAUCUACAAAUUGGCACCGGAUUCAAAGAUGUCUGAGUUUUUUUCUGUGGACACUUGGAAUGGAAUCAUCACAACCUUGAAGGAAUUUGAUCGUGAGAAGCAACACAUGUUUAACUUUUCUGUUAUUGUUCAGGAUAGCCAAGUUCCAAGUUUCCGAGAUGUUGCAAAUGUCUCAGUCUUCAUCUUGGAUGCAAAUGAUCAUAAACCAAUGAUAACAUAUCCCAGCCAAUCCAAUAACAGUGUGUCUGUUCCAUACAACACACAAAUUCAUACUAUUAUCGCCCAUGUAAAGGCCCAUGAUACUGAUGAUAUGACAUACAGUCGACUAUAUUUCAAAAUUACUGAAGGCAAUUCAAGAAACAUUUUUCAUAUAGAUCGGAUAAGUGGGGAACUUGAAGUGUCCAGUCCAAUGAUGCCCAUUGAUGCUGGCAGCCAUCAACUGAUCAUCGCAGUCCAAGAUAAUGGUAAUCCCCCUAAAACUGCUUAUGCUGAGUUGAAUAUUAUCGUAACGGCAAAUGGUACCGCGGCAACAUUGAACUCAUCUAAAGAUGACAACAUGCUAAUUGUUAUCAUUUUAGUUGCUGUCACAGUGGUUCUGACAUUGGCCAUUCUGACAACAAUUUGCAUGAUAAAGAGAAUUGAUAAAGAUCGCCAAAGAACACAAGUAGUGGUCCUGAAAGGAGAAGAUGAGAAAAUGUUUGAUGAGAAGAAACGCGACAGUUUCUCCUCAGUGUCACGUGACUCUAAUGAAAAUGAGGAUGCUGAAAUGAAAAAGAAGAAUGGGCGAAAAGAAGUCAGUUUCACGUUUGACGAGGACAAAGAGGCUCACAAUACAAGUGGUUCAUCAGGAAUUGGGUCAUUCUCAACAUUCAGGUGUCAGAAUCCAGAACAACAGGAUCCCAAUAAUCUCCAGGAUGCUCCGAGUCAUGGAAUUCCCACGAGUGAUAGCGACAUUCCCUCCCCAGCUCCGGACCAGGCUGAUCGACAGUGGGCACCGCCUACCAACGGCGUUGAGGCUCGAACUCUGCUUGAAAUACUGAAAAAGAACGAGAUCGAUGUUUCAAGUGAGAUGUCGGGGGAGACAGGUACAAGCGACAGUGGUCAUGGGGGCAGUGAAGAAGACCUUCACGCCAAGACAGGUCAAGCACAGGAAACAGAAGAAACCAAGCCAGGCCAAUUCUUCCCUACGACAUUCCAUGGUGGCAGUAGUCGUGUUCCAGUCUACAACGAUGGUCGUCAAUCCCGCAACGGUCGCAAGACAGCGCCAUCUACACUCCGGGGCUCAAGAAGUCAAAACUUCCGCUCACAACCCCAACAGUUUCCAUCCAAUCCAAGAACAUUUGAAACAAUGGACAAUGGCUACCAUUAUAACACAGCCCCACACCCACCAAGGUCGGCACAGGCUGACAAUGUCCUUCACACAUUUAGUAGCCCCAAGUCAGAAUGCAAACACUUUCAACCUCGCCAUUUAGACUUUGUCCCAGGGUCCAGUCGGGGACGACCAGAGACUCCGAUUCGUAUCGAGGAGGAUAGAAGUUCCACUUCGGGGAGUUAUACCUUGAAUUCCAAUCGAAGGACACCAGACAUUGAUCACAUGAUGUUUAGCAGUGAUGUGGUAGUGUGAAAGUAAGUGUUGGAAGGACUUUAUAUUUAUUCAUGCAGGCCAAUGGGCAUAGCUUCAGUUCUGUGAAUAAAUCUGUGGUAAGCUGUGUAACUCUAUUGGAAUUAUCAUUCCAAAAUGCUUUCUUGAAGUCAGAGUAUUGCAAUGGCCACAUCCUGCCUUUUUAGAGAAGACCUGUGGUUGAGACAAUUUGAUGAAAUCUGAUGCAGAUCCACAGUUUCAAGAUGAAAUAUUUCAACUUUGCAAGUAAAUCUACAUAUAUUUACUGCACUCUGUAGCUAUAUCUUCUAGCCUCUGAAACUGAAGCCAGAGAACCUUAUGAGGAGCAUUUAUAGGACAAGCUUGCUACUGUCACAUGCACGCUACCAAGAUAUUUUCCAGAUACACAUUCAUCAUGAGAGGAAUUGUCCCUAUUCAUGAGAGGAACUCUCCUUAGAGUAAACUUGAUACCGAAAGCCUUCAUGUAAUGAAGGACUACUUGUGGUGUCAUAGCCGGGUUGGCUUCCAUUUAGAGCAAAUCCAAGAUUUCAGUGUUAAACAAGUGCUUAAAGACACAAACAAUGAUUUCAAGUGCUGCCAUGGUGCUAAAUGUGGUUGAAGAUCAACACUCUUUGAUAAAUUGGAUCCUAUAUCCAAAGAGCUCAGAUCCACGUGAGCAUAAUUUGAAGAUUAGAAAAAGACAAGGAGUAGAUCUGUAACCAUGUGCCAUGGACAUGAUUUGUAGUGAUCUACUUACACAUGAAUAGUUUUUUCCCGUUCCAAGUUCUACGGUCAAGUGCCAUGCUCGUGCUCAUCCUGUUGUGAAAUCGGAUACUGAAGAGCUUGGGUGCUUUGUGAAUACACUGAACACAUCAGUUGAUAUGUUUGAUAUUGUGUGUGUCGCUGUGUUAAAAGAAUGGUUUAAAUAAUGCAUCUUCCCGAUGCCUUUGAACUUAUUGACUCAGAUAAAGAACUGAAAGAAGGAGUGGAAGUCUCUUGAAGCUGGAUCUCUUGUAAUGAAACGUGAUCUUUACCAAUUGUAUUUUGAAAAACAGUUUCAGAAAAGACUGAAAUGUUUCUCAAUUUGAUCAUACUCUCAGUGCUCAAUUCCAGUUUCUUAUCAUAAUCUGCUCAAACAUGCUGAAUCCCGAAAAUGAUCAGCAAAGAUGCCUGCUUCUUUUCCACACCAGAAUAGUCGCUAUUUUACAUCAGGCUAUUUCAUCUAGCGAUCUAUAUAACCAACCAUAGGUCAAGUCUUGUAAACAGAACUGUGAUGUGCAGAGCAGAUAUACAAGAGAAUCUCCUGUGAUGAAGUGGUGUGCUUUUCACUUGUAGCUAUUCACUGUAGACAGACUAUCUAGUCAAGGCAGAUAUAUUGGAUGUUCAAGACAGGCAUUGAUUAAUGUCAGAUACUCUCUAGAGUGAAUAUUCCCCUUGGAUGUGUAAGAUUUGUUAAAUGUUCCUUUGGGAGCAAUAAGGUAUUCUCCCUUCACUGGUAUGACUAGAAGACAAAGUUAAUUCCUCAAUUAUUUAUUCUUAAUUUGAUAUUUUGACAGGAAUUGCACAUGAUUUUUAGAAGUGGAUUCAUCUAAAUAUCAAAAUUAUUAUUCUUUAUUACAUAUUACCAUCAUCAGGAUGCCAGAGAAACAUUUAUCAAAUUUAUACAACCAUGUUGAUGUGAUAUCAUCUUCAUAAUAAUAUAUGAUCAUUAUCAACCAUCAUUAUAAAGAAUUUAUAACUCAUCUGACAAAUUGUAUCAAUAUUAGGAGGAAUUCCUAUUUUUGUAAACUGAAAAGCGUUAAGGUUUGUUAAAAUUGUUUUGUUUUGUUGCAGGUUUGUUUAGUGGAUAUUGUACAUUGUGACUGAAAGUUUAAGAUUCAAGCUUUUUGAAACAAAUAUGCUUGUUCUUAUUCUGGACAAACAAACAAGAAAUAAUGACUCAGUCAUUUCAUACAAGGCAACAUUGGAUAUUGUAUCAUCUGUUUUCUUCUUGCUUUUUUGAAUUUUUAAUAUCACAUGAAUGUUUCUGUAAAUAAACUUUAUCAAACAUAACACAAAAAUGA